AUGCUUAAUUGCAAGCCCGCCGCCACGCCUGUUGAUACGAAGGCCAAGCUCUCUGCCACGGAUGGUUCUCCUGCUUCGGAUGCUGCUUUUUACUGGUCUAUUGUUGGGGCUCUUCAGUACCUCACUCUCACUCGACCGGAGCUCCAGUAUGCAGUUCAACAGGUGUGUCUUCACAUGCAUGCUCCUCGAGACGUUCAUUGGGCCGCUGUCAAGCGUAUUCUCCGCUAUAUCUGUGGCAAUAUGGAUCUCGGCGUCACGUUGCACGCCUCCACUGACACCGCCCUCACCGCCUACUCCGAUGCCGACUGGGCCUGUUGCCCCGAAAAUCGUCGCUCCACUUCGCGCUACUGUGUUUUCCUUGGACCCUCGCAUAUCUCGUGGUCGUCCAAGCGGCAGCCUACGGUCUCCCAUUCCAGUGCUGAGGCUGAGUAUCACAUUGUGGCCAACGUCGUUGCCGAGUGCUCGUGGCUUCGUCAGAUGUUGUAG